UAUAGGACAUAAUUAUAUAGAGAUAGAUAAAGCUUGUAAAACUAAAAAUACUGACUAACUUUAUAUUAUGCGAGUACUAAAUAAAUUUUAACAUUCAAGCUACAAUCACCUUAUUAUAACCUAACAAAAAGUGAUGUUAAAAUUUUGAUAAAAACUGAGUCUAAAUUAAAAGAGAGUUAAUGAUCAAAUACUCUACAUAUAUGGUCCAUUUUAGAGCAAUAAUCUUAGCCAUUCCCAAUACUAAAAAAGAUAUGACAUCUACAUCAACCCAUGAACAUCAUAAACCAAUUAGAAUCCUCCUCCCCACGCCCUCUCCCUAGGCCUAUAUAAAUACCAAUACUUGCAUGCAUGUAUGUCUAUCUACUCUCACUUUCCAACUCUUCUUUAACUUCUCUUUUAUUUCCUACCACUUCUACUAGUACAAAAAAAAUAAACAUAAAUACAAAAAAAUAAACAUGGAUCCACAAUUGAAACAACAUCACUACUAUUUCACCACAACCUACGCCAACUCCUUUGAUGAUAAUCCUGAUAAACCCCUUGAACCCGCCAAGAAGGUUCCUAAGACCCCUAAGGCCACGGCCACGACCACGACCAUGAGAUACCGAGGUGUUCGUCGUAGGCCAUGGGGCCGGUACGCAGCUGAAAUCCGAGACCCACAGUCUAAGGAACGCCGCUGGCUCGGCACGUACGAUACUGCCGAGGAAGCGGCGUGUGCUUACGACACUGCGGCACGUGCCAUGCGUGGAACCAAGGCACGUACCAACUUCACUUACACUACUUCUUCAUCUCAUGUUGAUCAUGACAUUAUGUACCCUCCUCCUUUACCACCUUUUUUUAGUAAUCCUUGUUCUAACAAUAAUAAGAAGAAGAAAUCUCAGCCGUCCAUUAAGUUUAAAAAUACAACCUCUAGCUCAAAUCCUAGCCAUCCAAAUCCCACUUUCGUGGAAUGGCUUAACUCAACCCAAACCCAAACCCAAACACAAAAUCAUCAAAAUAUAAUCAACGGCUGUGAUGAAGGGAUGAUGGUCGGGUUCACUGAAUCUCCUGUAGCCGCGUCACAGAGGAACAAAAAGAAGGUAAAUUAUUGUAACAAAUUUAGUGAAUUGUUCCCCUCUUCUUCACCCCACAGUAACAUUGUACUCCUUCCUUCUAAUUCCUCAUCAUCAACCGUUAACAAUACUCCUGAUGAUCAAAAUAACGGCAAUGAUGAAAUCAACGGUGGUGAUGGAACAAUGGAGUUGUUCCCAUUGUUUGAACCGUCGGAUUCAUCAUCUGGUCUUCUAGAAGAAAUCAUUGAGAAAUACUUCCCAAAACCCACCAAAUCUUACUCUGAGCACUCACCUGUUAUUUCCAAUAACAAUGAAAAUGACCGUUUUGGGCUUUGCUUUGAUGAUACUUACAACAACAACAACAACCCAUUAAACGGUGGAAGCUGUAGUUUUGGUGGUGGCGAAACGGUGUCGUUUCAGGGGAGUAUGAUGCCAGGUGGCAUGGUUGAGGUUCCACAAUAUGAGUACAAUGAGCAAGUGAUAAUGGAGGAUCAUCAUCGUCGUCAUGUUGGUGGAAUAUUUCAGUACAAUGAGCUCUACAAUAUGUUUGCUACACCUCGUAAUGCUAAAUGUCUUGGCCACUAA